UUCUUGCUCUUGAGUCUUGGCCACGCAUUUCACACUCCAGAAGUAAAUAUGGCACCGACUUGGCUUGUAGUGAUGGUUUUGGCUUUUGCAGCGAAUGCGAGCGCACAAUUUUUUUGCCCUCCGUCGGAGGUUCUAUGCUCGGUGAAUCGGCGAUCUUAUUCGCGAUGCCCUGACUCAGGCGCCGUUUCGGGUUGUUUGCCAGCAGCACCUUCGUGUAAUGCCGACUCGUACUGCUUUGAGGGCUACAACGGCCCCCGAGGCCCCUGCAUCCCGAUCCUCUGCAUGGUCCCCACAAAUGAUGGUCCCGUCGGAGUCCCUCAAGCUUGUGGCUUUUACUACACGUGCAGCAACAACACGGCGCUGACUUUGACCAUUUCAAAGUGUCCGAUCGGAAAACAUUUCAACUCGAGAACCAAAGUGUGCGACGAGCCCCACUUGGCCGGUUGCGACCCCACGAUAAGCACGACCACUGUCACUACGACCUCCAGCAUCCCCAUCGGUACCAAAACCUCGACUACGCCCACCACUACUACGACCACUGCAAGUCCUAUUAACAUUAAAACUAGCAGCCGUCCUCGCUCCACUACGAAGAAGAAUAAUAUAAUCAGUGGCGACGAAGAUUCUUCCGAGGAAAAUCUCAAAGUUUCUCCCAAAUUCUCAAAGCUCUACAAAUUUUUCUUCCUGUAGAAAGAAAAUUAGAAUAACUAUUGUAAUUAAAUUUAUUUUGUAUAAUAAUAAAGUAUAGGUAUUUAAAUACAAAAUAAUUACAAAAUUUUGAUAAGUUUAAGUUAAUUUUUUUAUUAUACAAUUAUUUACAUUUUUUUUAUAAUAAAUUCAAAAGAUUCCAAUGAUGACAAGUAUAACAACAAAUGUUUAAAAGAAUCAAAGUUAACUGUGAAAAUGUUUGUAUAUUUUCUAAAUUUCAAGAUUUUCCAUCGCAUAUAUGAGAUAAGUCAAUUAUAAUUACUAGCUAUAAUUAAUUAAGCUAAGAAGAUGAGCGGACAGCAGGGAGGUUUAAUAAAUUAAAU